AUGGGCAACAAGGCCGAGCAGGCUCUUGCGGGCCAUGUUUCGGGCCAGUCGAAUCGACCACUAUCACAGCCUGCUCAUGCUCUGACCUUCGAUAAAGUUCUUCAGGAGCUCGGAGGGAAUGGCAUAGAUGGUAUUUCACCCGACGAAGCGGCCAAGAGACUCGAAGAAUUCGGUAAAAACGAAUUGGACAAUGGACCGGGGGUCAAUCCGACCAAGAUUCUGGUCCGGCAAAUUGCCAAUGCCAUGAUGUUGGUCUUGAUUCUCGGCAUGGGUGUCUCAUUUGGUAUCGGAAGUUACAUCGAGGGUGGUGUCGUGGCGGGCAUCAUCUUUCUCAACAUCGUCAUUGGCUUCAUGCAAGAGUACACGGCGGAGAAGACAAUGGACUCUCUUCGUUCACUAUCGUCUCCCACCUCGAGCGUCAUUCGAAACGGAAACGGCAUGGUGGUUCCGACCAUUCAUGUUGUUCCGGGUGACAUGGUGGAACUCAAGACCGGCGACGUGGUUCCAGCCGAUAUCAGAUUGAUGGAGGUGAUGAACUUUGAAACCGACGAAGCUCUUUUGACCGGAGAAUCCCUCCCCGUUCAAAAAGAUGCCGAUGCCGUUUUCGAUCCGACGACGGGACCAGGUGAUCGGCUAAACGUUGCGUAUUCCUCGAGCGUCGUGACCAAAGGGCGGGCUCGAGGGAUCGUCUUUGCCACCGGAAUGUUCACCGAAAUUGGUAGUAUCGCCGCCGAACUUCGAAAGUCCAACUCCAGGGUUCGUCAACCAAAGCGUGCUGCUGAUGGACAUGUGAAAAUGUAUCGACAAGCUCAAGCGUGGGGAUUGACCAUGGGAGAUUUUAUCGGCGCAUUCCUGGGCGUGAAUGUCGGCACUCCGCUACAACGAAAGUUAUCCCAACUGGCAAUCGGGCUCUUUGGCAUUGCGGUGGUUUUUGCCAUUGUGGUGCUGGCGGCGAACGAAUUCUCCAACAAGCGAGAAGUCAUUAUCUAUGCGGUUGCCACGGGCUUGUCCAUGAUUCCGGCCUCUUUGAUUGUCGUCUUGACCAUUACCAUGGCUGCCGGCACCAAGAGAAUGGUCGAACGUCAUGUGAUCGUCCGCAAAUUGAACGCUCUCGAGGCUUUGGGAGCCGUCACCGACAUUUGCUCCGAUAAGACUGGCACCUUAACGCAAGGAAGGAUGGUGGUCAAAAAAGCGUGGAUCCCAUCCAAGGGCACGUAUUCCGUGGGCGAGAGUAGUAGUCCUUUUGAUCCGACAGCCGCCGCGCUCUACCACAGCCAUUUUUCCCCCCGGGAGGAAGACCGCUCUUCCGAUUACGAUUUGGCACCCGACGAGGACGAUCAAAAAUCCUACCAUCAGCUCAUCGCUGACAAUGUGCCUCUGGAGGAAUUCCUGAAAGUGGCAUCUCUGGCCAACCUCGCCACAGUCUACAGGUCGACCGAAGGCGAAGGAUGGAAGGCGCGAGGCGACCCUACGGAAAUCGCCAUUCAAGUCUUCGCCUCCCGUUUUGAUUGGAACAGGAAGAAACUCACCGAAGGUGAUGCUGCGAACUGGGCCCUGGUGGCAGAAUAUCCCUUCUCCAGCGACGUCAAGAAAAUGUCCGUGGUUUUCCGGCAGAAAGAUCAGGAGAAGGGAUUCGCUUUCACCAAAGGCGCCGUGGAAAGAAUUAUCGAUUCUUGUAUCAACAUCGACAUGGACGGCUCUAACGCCCCCACCGAACUUUCGUCGAGCAUCAAAGACGAAAUUCUUGCCAACAUGGAAAGCUUGGCCGCACAAGGAUUGCGUGUGUUGGCUCUGGCCUCAAAGGCUUACGACGGUCCUACCAAUAGCGACGCCCGUCCUCGAGUGGAAUCCGAUUUGACUUUCCGCGGCCUCGUUGGCCUCUACGAUCCUCCCCGGCCUGAAUCCAAAGCCGCCGUAAAACGCUGCCACCGCGCAGGCGUCGGUGUACACAUGCUGACCGGUGACCAUCCUGGCACGGCGCUUGCAAUUGCCAAGCAAAUCGGCAUUGUCCCAGAUAAACUCGCCAACGUGAGCAAAGACGUUGCGGACGCUAUGGUCACAACCGCCGCGCAGUUCGACCAACUGACCGACGACGAAAUUGAUGCCCUCCCCGUCCUACCACUCGUGAUUGCGCGAUGCGCGCCACAGACGAAAGUGCGCAUGAUUGACGCCCUCCAUCGACGAGAAAUGUUCGCCGCGAUGACAGGCGAUGGCGUCAACGACUCGCCGUCCCUGAAACGUGCAGACGUCGGUAUCGCAAUGGGCCAAGGAGGUUCCGACGUGGCCAAAGAUGCCAGUGACAUUAUUCUCACCGACGACAACUUUGCUAGUAUCCUCAACGCCGUCGAAGAAGGCCGCAGAAUCUUCGACAAUAUCCAGAAAUUCGUACUCCAUUUGCUUGCGCAGAAUAUCGCGCAGGCGUGUACGCUUUUGAUCGGUCUGGCGUUUAAAGACCACAACAAUCUUUCCGUCUUCCCUCUUUCUCCUGUCGAAAUCAUGUGGGUCAUCAUGGUCACUAGCGGUCUUCCCGAUAUGGGGUUGGGCCUCGAAGUCGCGGCGCCGGACAUUCUGCAGCGCCCACCACAAAAUCUCAAGCGCGGCAUCUUCACCAACGAAUUACUCAUCGAUAUGCUCGUCUACGGCGCGUGGAUGUCAGUUCUCUGUCUCUCCUCCUUCUUGCUUGUGGCUUGGGGCUUCGGCGACGGCGACCUCGGCGAAAACUGCAACAACCACUUCUCUGACCGAUGCGACAUGGUCUUUCGCGCCCGCGCAACAACCUUCGUCAGCAUGACGUGGUUCUCGCUCUUUUUAGCCUGGGAACUGAUGAACUUUCGCCGUAGCUUCUUCCGCAUGCAGCCUAAGUCCAAGUUGUACUUUACACAGUGGAUGCACGAUGUUUGGCGCAAUAAGUUCUUGUUUUGGUCCGUCAUGUUCGGAUUUGUCUCGAUAUUUGUGAUUCUCUAUGUUCCCGUGAUAAACCACGACGUGUUUAAGCAUACCGGUAUUUCGUGGGAGUGGGGCAUCGUAAUUAUCGAGGCCUUGUUGUUUUUCGCUGGCAUCGAGUGCUGGAAAUGGGGGAAGAGAUUCUUUUUCCGCAUGCGGGCGAAGAAAGAGGGUGGUGGACGAGCGAGACGGUUGUCGAGCGUCGUCUUUGAUAAUUAUGCGGGGAUUCAGCCUGGUCAGACUGCUGAUGGAAAUGGGGAUGUGGAGAGCGAUGCGACGACGGAACUUAGUGAGAAGGUUUGA